CUUAUUCAUGACAUGAUAUCCUAACAUGUCAUAUCCUUCUCCCAGCCAUUAGUGCUACAAAUGCAUUCCAUUAAGCAAAAGAGAAAGUAGAAAGCAUUAGAAUAUCUUUUGUUUACUCCCAUGUUAGCCUGCUGUUUUUCUUAAACUAAAUUUUUUGUCCACAAACAAAGACAAUCCUUUUUCUGGUAUGGUUUGUAUUCUACUAUCCUUCCUUAUUUCUUCUUGCUUAGUGUACUAUACUACUACUAAAAUAGCACCCAAAAAAUAAAAAAGGAACAGCAAGCAGCAGGCAAGCAAGCAAAGCUUCUCUUUGACUGGUGGUGCCACCAUUUUUGUUGGCUUUAUUACUUCCAAAAUCAUUACCUCCUUCCUUCCCCCUUUUCCUUUUGUCCCCAAAAAAAGCCACACACACCACUUCCUAAUUAAACUCAUUCCCACUCUCUCUCAUUCCAUUCCCUCUUUACUCUUCUUCUCCUCCCCCUUUUCCCGCUGCUGUUAUUUUCCCCUCCUCCUUCUAGGGUUUUGGCUGACUACCCACCAAAGGAAAACCAAAAAGAAAAUGUGGGUCGCUCUCAGGUUUGGAAUGUGAAUUGAAUGAAGCAUGGGUUGCGUGUUCGGGAAAGAGCUGAGCGGCAAGCGGCCGUCCGGCGGUGGAGGAGCGGGAGAGUCUCGCCGGCACAAUCGGCAGCAGCAGCAGCAACAAGUUGGUGCUGUGGAAAAUGAGAUCAGAAAUGGAGUCGGGAAGGAGAUUAGUAGCAGCAACAACAAUACAGAGGAAGAAAGCUCCGCUGCUGCUAGUGUUAGUAAGCCGAAAGGUGAGAGGAGAAGGUCUUCCAAGCACAAUCCCCGGCUGAGCAAUCCGUCCAAGCAUCUCCACGGCGAGCAAGUAGCCGCCGGUUGGCCGUCCUGGCUCUCCGCCGUGGCCGGGGAAGCCAUCAAUGGCUGGAUUCCUCGCCGUGCUGACACUUUCGAGAAGCUUGAUAAGAUUGGGCAAGGUACGUACAGCAAUGUAUACAAAGCUAGGGACACUUUGUCUGGAAAGAUUGUGGCAUUGAAGAAGGUUAGGUUCGACAAUUUGGAACCAGAAAGCGUGAAAUUCAUGGCGAGGGAGAUUGUGAUCUUGCGACGAUUGAAUCACCCCAAUGUCGUCAAACUUGAAGGCCUAGUGACUUCAAGAAUGUCGUGUAGUUUAUACCUUGUGUUUGAGUACAUGGAACAUGAUUUAGCAGGACUUGCAGCUAGCCCAACUAUCAAGUUCUCGGAGUCUCAGGUCAAAUGUUAUAUGCAUCAACUGUUGUCUGGCCUUGAACACUGUCAUAACAGGAAUGUGUUGCAUCGUGAUAUCAAGGGGUCGAAUCUUCUCAUUGGCAAUGAUGGAAUUCUUAGGAUAGCCGAUUUUGGGUUGGCUUCGUUCUUUGAUCCGAAUCACAAGCAGCCGAUGACCAGUAGGGUGGUUACAUUGUGGUACCGACCUCCUGAGCUUCUCCUUGGGGCAACUGACUAUGGUGUGGGUGUUGAUCUGUGGAGUGCUGGUUGCAUUCUUGCCGAGUUAUUGGCUGGAAAACCUAUCAUGCCUGGUCGGACAGAGGUGGAACAAUUGCAUAAGAUAUUUAAAUUGUGUGGCUCUCCUUCUGAAGACUACUGGAAAAAGUCGAAGCUGCCACAUGCUACUAUAUUCAAACCUCAACAGGCAUACAAGCGGUGCAUAGCAGAGACCUUCAAAGACUUCCCUCCAUCUUCUCUGCCAUUGAUCGAAACGCUACUCGCAAUUGAUCCUGCCGAACGCCAACAUGCUACUGCUGCAUUACAUAGUGAAUUCUUCACUACCAAGCCAUAUGCCUGUGAUCCUUCCAGUCUUCCAAAGUACCCUCCCACAAAGGAGAUGGAUGCUAAACUACGUGAUGAAGAGGCUAGAAGGUUGAGAGCUGGAAAGGCUAGUGCCGACGUUGUGAAGAGGUCAUCACGUCCUCGUGAUCGAGCUUCUAUGAGAGCAAUUCCUGCCCCAGAAGCAAAUGCCGAGCUUCAAGCCAAUCUCGAUAGGCGGCGGAUGAUUACACAUGCGAAUGCAAAGAGCAAGAGCGAGAAGUUUCCACCUCCGCACCAAGAUGGAACGCUGGGCUAUACCCUGGGGUCUUCCCACCACAUCGAUACCUCGUACGAUCCCCCUGAGGUUCCGUUCAGUUCCACGAAUUUCUCGUACCCGAAAACCCACAUCCAGACCUGGUCAGGCCCGUUGGUUGACGGUACUGGUGCUCCUAAGCGGAGGAAGCAGAAGGAUCGAAACUCUGCUCGUGUUAAGGACAAAGAGAUCAUGUAAUAUAUAUAUGGAUACAGAAACUGGGUUCAUUUGGGUGGGUUGGUCUACUACAACAAAAAGCAGCAGCUGAUAAGAACUGACAACUUGUUCAAGUUUCAGUUCAAUGGCUUCCCCGGGAACAAAAAAAAAAAGAUUGUUGAAAUUGCAGAGGAGAGGUAUAAAAAAAAGUAUGUAUCUUUUAACAUUCUUUUCAUUUCAAAAGCUUCCUUCCCCCUUCUUCAUUUGCAUUUGUAAGCUAUUUUCCAUUAAAUUUUUGUAUUAUGAAAAUACUUCUAAGUAUUGUAUUAUGUAUAUGCUGUUCUCUUGUUGUUCCAUUAUCAAGUUGUUUCCUCAUUUUUGUUGAAGCUGUGCAUUUAGAAUUUUAGAUGGUCAGUGGAGAGGAAGGUGUUAAUAUGGCCAUGUAAUAUGUAUAGUCAAUUGUUUACAGUGCUGGCUAAUCGUCUGAGGGUCAGUGGUGUUGUACCUCGACAGUUUAGGGCAUCUCUGGUUCCUUUUGGUUCUCGCUAUGUUAGGGCAUCUCUGGUUCCUUUUGCUUCUCGCUAUGUUAAUGUUUUAUAUAAUCGAUUCUCGAUGUGUUGCGUUCUAGGUCUUUCAAUUCCAAUUGGUUUCGAAUAGGGAUUUAGAUGACGAAAUUCGCAGCCCCAUUUUGCUGUGCUUAAUUUUCCUACAAUAUUUCGUCGAAUUAUCAUGUCUCCUUACGUUUUUAUAUAGCAAAUGUUGCUUCCUCUUCAUUUUUUGUGUUUAUUCUUUAGAAGGCAUAUACUCAAAUGAGCUUAAUUGUUCUGAGAGAUCAUGUUCAUCUUGAAUCCAGUGUAAAAAAAAGUGAAUCUUAAGUUUGAAUAAACCAUUUUGGGGCCAGAUCCAGUGGACCUGCAUCAGUUGAGCCCAGACCGGUAUAUUCGUUUGGACUUUUAAGCGGGCCUAGCUGGCCUCUUAGCAAGGUAAUAUUUGUGGAUCGAGAGUCGAGACAGGUUGAUUUGUUUUUAAUUUAUUUUUCACAUCAAACUAUUAUUUCAAUGAGAUGUUAACAUACAAUUUAAGAAAAGAUCAAGAAGAUAAAUACUAGUAAAUCUUAGGGAAAAUAAAAAUAACACAAAUAGAGAACGAAAAGUCGAGAGGAAGUAGUACACGUGUCCGAUCAUACGCUAUGUGUGAGUACGGAUGUCAAUCAAACUCAUGAUGGUGAGUACCCUAUCGCCCGCGACUCAGUAAAAGCAGGGAAUCUUCGCGUUGUCUAGGUAUUGGACAGAUAUGGGUAAAACCUGUAAAAAAUUUGAUGGGAUGUGCCAUGUAUGGUUUUAUUCUCCCCGCCUCUCCAUACGAGUAUACCCCUAUAUUCUUACUCGUCUCACUGAGAAUAUUUCUUCAUAUAUAAAAGAUGGGAAAUUGCAAUUUUGGUCACUGGGAUUACCGAAAUAAAGAGUUGGUUAGAUCCAUUUAGUGUUAUAAUUAAAGAUCUACAUGUUGAAUUUUAGAUAUAGUAGUGUUGGAUAUGGGAGAUUGAGAUGCAAAAUCUCCUCCCGCAUUGGUAUGUGACGAAUAUGAAUUUGAGUAUUUGAACAUGAAAAUAAAUAUGAUUUAGAGAAACCCACCAAAAUCUGUCCCAUUGUCAUUCCUAUAUAUAAGAUAAAUAUUACUCAGUUCAAAUAGACUACAUAAAUUAAAUCGGACUAAUCCUUCUCAUAAUCUUAUCUCUCGAUCGGCGGCUUCUCCUUGGAUUUUGCAUUGCGGUUUGAGGUCAACUGACUCAACUCAAAGGUUUUGAAGUUGCUUGAACUCUUAACAUUGGAUGCUGUGGCUUUGAAGCAAUGGAACCCAGUUGUGCACGUUACGGCAUUGCUCAAUGAUAUAUUUUUAACUGUUCGUCGUCUUGUUUUAGGUUAAAUUGUGUAACUAUAAUAUAAAUAAAGCCCGCAAGCAUUG